AUGACUUCUGCACCUUUCAUUACCCCGAAAUUCCUUCCCUCCCGCGAUGGCCUCGGUGUCGUCGCAGUCGGUUUCUCUGGCGGCCAACCCAAACCAGGCGUCGAAGCCGGCCCUACAGCCCUCAUCGAUGCAGGCCUCCUCACACAACUCGAAAACGAUCUUGCGCUGAACGUCACCUUUGAUGGCACCGUCGCCUCGUACGCCGACGUCUAUGCCGCACACCCAGACGAUCCGGACGUGCGUGGUAUGAAGCGUCCCAAGACCGUCUCUGCCGUCACACGUCAGAUCAGCGAGCAAGUCUACGCGCACGCGCGCGCUGGUCGCUUCGCCCUUACGCUUGGCGGUGACCACAGCAUCGCCAUUGGCACCAUCAGCGGCAGCGCAAAGGCGGUGCGCGAGCGAUUAGGCAAGGAGAUUGCUGUCGUGUGGGUGGAUGCACAUGCAGACAUCAACACACCCGAGACGUCGGGUAGCGGCAACAUCCACGGCAUGCCGGUUGCGUUUCUGACGGGCCUGGCGCGUGAGACGCGCGAGGAUGUGUUUGGCUGGAUUGAGGACUCGCAUCGCAUCGGCGUGAGCAAGAUUGUCUACAUUGGGCUGCGGGACCUGGAUGUGGGCGAGAAGCGGAUUCUGCGCGAGAACAAGGUCAAGUGCUUCACGAUGCACGAUAUCGAUCGGCACGGGAUUGGCGCCAUCAUGGACAUGACGCUGGAGCAUAUUGGGCCCGACACGCCUAUUCAUCUGUCCUUUGACGUCGACGCACUGGACCCAAUGUGGGCGCCUUCGACAGGAACCCCGGUGCGUGGCGGCUUGACUCUUCGUGAGGGGGAUUUUAUCGCCGAGUGUGUCGCUGAGACAGGCGCGCUCGUCGCCAUGGACUUGGUUGAGGUCAAUCCAAGUCUAGACGAGGUGGGUGCCGGAGACACAAUCCGGGCCGGGUGCAGUCUGGUGCGCUGUGCGUUGGGAGAUACUUUGCUCUAG